AUGGAACCUACGGAGUUUGAUGCCGCUUUAGGUGGAACCGAACAUCUUCCACAUACUGCAAAUAGCCUAAAAUUUGCUGCCGCUCGAAGCAUUGAAAUAGCAACAAUGACUGAAAGCAUAUUACGACCAAGUAAAACUAAACUAAUUUUUCAAUGUUUACCAGUACACAUGCGACGUAGGGUAAUGAGCCACAACUGCAAACGAUUGCCCAGACGACUACGUUUAGGACAUUUAGAACAGCUUAAGAAAAGUGGAUCGCCUCCAAAACAAAAGCGUCCAUCUCGCAAGUUCAGACGCCGGCCUACGAACCUUUUAAACGAGUACAAUAGACGGCAGAAGAAUAAAGUAUGGCUCGAAACCCACAUAUGGCAUGCAAAACGAUUUCAUAUGGUAGAGCGUUGGGGUCAUCGUCUUGCAUACCGACCCUGCGACAAAGCAUUCAGAGCUUGUUAUAGAGCUAGUUCUGCACAUUGUCUUUUGCAAGAUAUUUCUUAUUACACCCCUAUACAAAUUAAGGGUCAAAUAGACAGCAUUAAAGAUAUUUUUAGUAACAUUACAAGUAACAAUUGUGGACUAGGUAUCUGUGCAAAAGCUUUCUUAAGAGGCAAUAGGAGAGGUACUAUCAAUUUAUAUAUGAAAGAUUGUUACCCCUUUGGGUUUGUAGGAAAAGUUGAAUUUUUAUGGGUGUGUAUGAAUGACUCUAAUUUAGAACUUUGGCUGUUUGUUCAUCCAUCUCAAGUAAACCAAGUGGAAUUACUUUUAAAUGAUAUAACUAAAGCUGGUAUGAGUAUGAUCACUUCAAGUACCGAGACAGAGAUAAUUGCUACUAAAAAGAGAAAAAUAAGUACUAAAUAUUCUGAAGUGCAAAUCAAUAUAAAACCAAAAUUAUUUAACAGAUUUCGUUUGACCGGUCCUAAAAGUCAUGCAGUUUUAGUUAAGUCACUGAAAUGUGUUAAAGAUGUUGAAAAGGUUGAAACAAAUAAGUGGAUAGAGCACAGCAUACAAAAGAAUACAAACCUAUUUCUCAAGGAAAAAUAUGAUUACUGGGAAAAUGUCAGCCUCGUGAACUCACCUGCACAAAUGCCACCGGGAGCAAUAAUCGGUUUGGUCGUAAAAGAUCCUCGGUUAAGUAGACCCUCAAAACGAACUAAAGCGGAAAUAAAAACUACUAAACAAUGUAAUAUUGAAUUAUUACUGAACAAUCCACCGUACACACCUAGAUCACCAUUAUGGGAUGAGACAGUCUGUGAUAUUAUUAAGAAGAAUAAAGUGACUAACUCAGAAUACAUUGAACAUAUAACUCAGACACAGCUUGUACCAGGCGAGGUAAAUGAAGAUGAUCCCUUCCUACAAAACCUACCCAUUGUAUUACUACAAAGACCCGGUUCACAAGAUUCCUGUUAUAAAAAAGUUGGGUAUGGUAGUGGAUGGGACAUAAUAUUACCAGCGGAAUAUGGUCUUCCAUUCUGGUUAACAUUUAUUAUGUUUGGAGCUAGAUCAGGCGGGCUGAGAGAAACAGAAAGUGUGGCUUUGGAAAUGGGUGAAAUUUAUAUGCCACCUGAUUCAGAAGCUGGGGUUUUAGAGGAGAUGAGAUUAGAAUCUGAAUUGAAAGAAAAAUAUUUUAAACGACCACCCAGCAAACGAGUUAAUUACAUUAAGCUCGCAGUUCCUAGCCCAUUUAAAUGUCCAUGGAGUGUUUUAUUAAAAGAUUGGAGCAAUAAUAAACAAGAAAAAUUUUAUGUACUUAGAGAUAAAGUGGUACUAGAAGAAUUACAGGUUUGUAUAGACAGAAAAAAGAAAAUUCCGCAUUUUGAUAACUGUGAUGCUUGUUUGAUACCUGUAUAUAUAAAAGUAGAAGGGAAGGGAAAUUUAACGAGUCAUGCCAUGAUAUGUUUACCACUCCCACAAGAUGUAUGCUCAAAAAAUACUGUCAUGGAACCUCACCACACAGAUGAAAAUCUUAAAUUGAGACGUCAAAAGAGACAAGAACAUAAAAAACUAUUGAAGCAAAAAAGAAGAAGACAAAUCAAGCUGAAAACAAAACAGAAAUUAUUAAAUCAGGUAACUAAACAAAAAGUUAAGCAAAAUAAACAUGAACUAUCAGAUUAUGUGAAGAAUAUGAGAGAGUUGUGGCUACCGUCUAGUAUUGAAACUGUAAGACAUGUUCCAAUCAGACAAGUCAUGGGAUAUAUAUCAAAAGCAGCAUUUAGUUUUUCAGAAGCCAAGUGUUGUGGAAUUGGUUAUGUGGCUUUUAAUGCUCUUAACCAACUGUUAGAACAAAAAAUCAAUCAAGUUCUCAUCAGAAACACUACUUCCAGAAAAUAUACUUUAGCAAAUAUCAAUAUAAUUAAGUCACCGUAG